GCUGCUCUUCUUCCCUCGCAUCUCGCAUUGCCUUUUUGUUCCCCGUCCUCCCUGCUCAACCACCCACCGCCAUCGUAAUCUCGGCACUCGCGCUGCUGAGCAUCUCAUCAACCACCACUCAGUCCAUUGCAGAAACCACAUUUGGCGCGCAUAUCCUCGCUUCCUCCUGGACCACCUUUUUAAUCCGUCCUCCGCCGCAAGGCGACCAUACCCACCCACUCUCAUCAUGAACGGCAACGGAGAUGGCGAUCACACCAUGCGUGAUGUGAUUGAUACGCCUGACUACACCGACUCAGACGCCGGUAUGACCACCACAGAAAGCAGCAUCGCAGGUGACCUGGACGGCAGAAAGAAGAGAUGGGAAGGCCAUGAGCUGAGAAAAAGCGUUCUGGGCAAGAAGCACGACAAGCUGGGAGAAUCAAAGGAAGACGACUCUAUCCGCCGAUUCCGGUACCUUCUCGGCCUGACUGACCUGUUCCGUCAUUUCAUCGACACCAACCCGAACCCCCGCAUCAAGGAGAUUAUGGCCGAGAUCGACCGCCAAGACGAAGAGGAAAAGGCAAGAGCUGGCAAAGCCCAAUCGCGCAAGGGAGGUGCAGGCGGUGAUAGAAGGAGAAGAACAGAAAAGGAAGAAGACGCAGAGUUGCUCCGCACCGGCAAGCACGAGAGUGAUGAGUCGCGCACAAUCUUCCGCGAGUCCCCAUCAUACGUCCAGGGUCAAAUGCGCGACUACCAAGUCGCUGGUCUGAACUGGCUCGUCUCGCUGCAUGAGAAUGGUAUCUCUGGUAUUCUGGCAGACGAGAUGGGUUUGGGCAAGACUCUCCAGACAAUCUCCUUCAUCGGUUACCUACGCCUUGUUUGCAACAUUUCUGGUCCUCACUUGGUCGCUGUACCCAAGUCCACCCUGGACAACUGGAAGCGUGAGUUUGCCAGAUGGAUCCCGGAGAUCGACGUUCUGGUCCUUCAGGGUACCAAGGAAGAGCGCGCCACAAUCAUCAACGAGCGCCUUCUUGAAGAGAAGUUCGAUGUUCUUAUUACGAGCUACGAAAUGAUUCUUCGCGAAAAGACGCACUUGAAGAAGUUUGCUUGGGAGUACAUCAUCAUCGACGAGGCCCACCGUAUCAAGAACGAGGAGUCGUCCCUUGCUCAGAUCAUCCGCAUGUUCAACUCGCGCAACCGUCUCCUCAUUACCGGAACUCCUCUACAAAACAACUUGCACGAACUUUGGGCUCUACUCAACUUCCUUCUCCCUGAUGUCUUUGGUGAUUCCGAGGCUUUCGAUCAAUGGUUCUCGGGACAGGACUCUGACCAGGAAACUGUUGUCCAACAGUUGCACAGAGUUCUGCGCCCUUUCUUACUGCGCAGAGUCAAGAGCGACGUUGAGAAGAGUUUGUUGCCGAAGAAGGAAGUCAAUUUGUACAUUGGCAUGUCCGAGAUGCAAGUCAACUGGUACAAGCGCAUCUUGGAGAAGGAUAUCGACGCAGUCAACGGUGCCGGCGGCAAGAAGGAAUCCAAGACGCGUCUGCUCAACAUCGUCAUGCAACUGCGCAAGUGCUGUAACCACCCUUAUCUGUUUGAUGGCGCCGAGCCCGGCCCGCCAUACACCACCGAUGAGCAUCUUAUCUUCAACUCAGCCAAAAUGUUGAUGCUCGACAAACUUCUCAAGCGCAUGAAGGCACAAGGAAGCCGAGUUCUGAUUUUCUCGCAGAUGAGCAGACUCCUUGAUAUUCUUGAGGACUACUCAGUCUUCCGUGGGUACAAGUACUGUCGUAUCGAUGGCUCGACAGCUCACGAAGACCGUAUUGCGGCUAUCGAUGACUACAACAAGCCUGAUUCUGAGAAGUUCCUUUUCCUUCUGACCACUCGCGCUGGUGGUCUCGGCAUCAACUUGACAACCGCCGACAUCGUCGUCAUCUUUGACAGUGAUUGGAAUCCUCAAGCCGAUUUGCAGGCCAUGGACCGUGCUCAUCGUAUUGGUCAGACCAAGCAGGUUGUCGUUUUCCGUUUCGUUACUGAGAACGCUAUUGAGGAGAAGGUGCUCGAGAGAGCCGCUCAAAAGCUUCGCCUGGAUCAGCUUGUUAUUCAACAAGGACGUGCUCAACAAGAAGCAAAAAAGGCCGCUUCAAAGGACGAGCUCCUGAACAUGAUCCAGCAUGGUGCUGAGAAGGUGUUCGAAGCCAACGCCGACGGCGCCUUCUCGAAGAACGGUGAAAUUACUGAAGACGACAUUGACGCAAUCCUGAGAAAGGGUGAAGAGCGUACCGCUGAGCUCAACUCCAAGUACGAGAAGCUCGGUCUGGACGACCUCCAAAAGUUCACUUCAGAGUCGGCCUACGAAUGGAACGGUGAGAACUUCGAGAACAAGAAGAAGGUUGAGAUCGGCAUCAAUUGGAUCAAUCCCUCAAAGCGUGAGCGCAAAGACCCAGCUUCCUACUCGAUGGAUAAGUACUAUCGAAACGCCCUUAUGACAGGCGGCAGAACCGUCGACACCAAGCCCAAGGUUCCUCGCGCACCCAAGCAACAGGCCAUGCACGACUAUCAAUUCUUCAACCCACGUCUUGCGGACUUGCAGGAUAAGGAAACUGCAUGGUUCCGCAAGGAGAACAACAUCAAGGCACCUCUUGCCGAAGGUGAUGACGAGGACAAGGAGCAGCGUGAGCAAGAUCAAUCUCUGGAGCAACAGGCUAUCGACGAUGCUGAGCCUCUGACUGAGGAGGAGCAACGUGAGAAGGACAAGCUUGCCGCAGAAGGCUUUGGCGACUGGAACAAGCGUGACUUCCAACAAUUCAUCAACGGUAGCGCAAAGUACGGCCGCACAAACUACGAAGACAUUGCUUUGGAAGUCGACAGCAAGGAGCCUGACGAGAUCAAGACUUAUGCCAAGAUCUUCUGGAAGCGUUACAAGGAGAUCGCCAACUGGGAGAAGCACAUUGACUCCAUCAACGAGGGUGAAGAGCGCCGUGCAAAGGUCGUACAGCAUGGCAAACUUCUCCGACAGAAGAUGGGCUUGUACAGGGUACCGCUCCAGCAACUUAAGAUCAAUUACACUGUCAGCACUACCAACAAGAAGGUAUACACAGAGGAGGAAGACCGCUUCCUUCUGGUCAUGCUUGAUCGCUUCGGUCUCGAGAGCGAGAACUUGUACGAGAAGAUCCGUGACGAGAUUCGCGAAUCGCCACUCUUCAGAUUCGACUGGUUCUUCCUGAGCAGAACACCACAGGAAAUCGGUCGUCGCUGCAACACCCUCAUCACCACUGUUGCCAAGGAGAUGGCCGAGGCGAAUGGCGAGAAACUGAACGGUAACAAGGGCAAGAGAGCUGCAGACGAGGAAUCGAGCGAGGAGGAGGAAGUCAAGCCUACCACCAAGAAGGCUAAGGGCAACGUCAAGAACAAGCAACUCGACACUGUCAAGGGGGGCAGCAAGGCAGCAUCAAGCACACCAUCGCGUGCAGGCAGUGUAGCAUCAACCGGCUCGAACGGAACCACCAAGGCCGGCGCUGCCGUGGUGACCAAGAGCGGCAGAGCAUCGCGCAAGAAGUAGGAUUGUUCACUUCAUCAUCUCUUUGGUUAAUGGGCAUUCUAAAGGAAAGCGGAGUAAGCUGGGAGGCGUUUACAUGUUGAUGCGAAGGGCUUGCUUUUCUGAAUGAUUCUCUUUGAUGACUUGCUACGCAAGAGCUUUAUCCUUUUACAGAAAGAAAGAACGGGCAGACACAAGUACGCUAUAAAAGGAAUUAGCAGGCAAAAAAGUUUGCCAUUAUUGACAUUGUUGCCUUGUGCUGUGC